CUGCUCACUCCUUGAGCUCAGUGCAGCCUCCCUGGGUUGGUUGAGGGGGCAAUGCCCAGGACUGACUUAGGUUGUUUUUGGUGGCAGAAGAGGACAAUGCCCUCCUGAAUCUCAACAUCAGUCUCUCCGUCCCUUCCAACUCCUCACCAUCCUUGCCGAGAGCCUCCCCUCCAUCAUGAACUACACCCCCAGCCCCCACCUGUCCGAGGGGGGGAAGUCCAGCGGGAGUGGUCUGCUGUGCAGCCUGGGUCUGGGAUCUGACCGGGGCGUCCGGUCCCCGGACAGCCUCACCCACACCCCCAGCCCCACCGGGGGGACGCCCAGCUCCAGCCCCCCGCUGCUGCUGUCGCCCGGCCUGGGAGGGCUGGGGGGCCUGGGGCUGGGCUCUCUGGGGGCCAUGGGGGACGGAGCCGGAGCCGACUGGGAGAGCAGAGAGGAGCUGAGGCUCCGGGAGCUGGAGGAGGCUCGCGCCCGAGCCGCUCAGAUGGAGAAGACCAUGAGGUGGUGGUCCGACUGCACCGCCAACUGGAGGGAGAAGUGGAGCAAGGUCCGUGCUGAGCGUAACAGAGCUCGUGAUGAGAUCCGGACGCUCCGGCAGCGGCUGGACUCCCUCAACAAGGAGCUGACGAGUGUCCGACGGGAGCGGCAGGAGCUGGCGUCAGAAAACGAGACUCUCCGGCAGCAGACUCUGCAUCUCUGUGGAGACGGCACAGCUCACCCUGCCAGCGCUGCUUCCUCUUCCUCUCCGGCACACUGUCACUGUGCUCUCUCCACCUCCUCCUCAUCCGUCCCCGUCUCCCCCUCCACCUCCACCGUGUCCUCCUCUAAGGUCCACGCCGACGGCAGGGACGACAGGGUCGGGGACGAGUCUCUUCCUUCUCCUGAACCAGAACCAGUGAGAGAUGUGGACUUGGACAAACAGAAGAUGCGCCAACAAAAGGACCUGGAGCUGUUGGAGUCGGUCCUGUGUUCCGGCGUGGCCGGGCCAGACUCCGAGGCCUGGGACGGGCGGGGAGGAAACGCCUCCAGUCUGCGUUCGACCUCGGGCCUGAGCCGGCAGGAACGCAGCCGGCAGCUGUGGGGGGACAUGGGCCUGGUGGAGGACGACUCCAGCAAACUAAACGUCCUGCAGCUCCGCCUGGACGAGUCCCAGAAAGUGCUGCUCAAAGAGAGAGAGGACAAACUCUCUCUCAGUAAGAGCAUUGAGAAACUGGAAGCUGAACUCAGUCAAUGGAAACUUAAAUAUGAAGAGCUAAGCAAGAGCAAACAAGAGGCUUUGAAGCAGCUGAACCUGCUGAAAGAGAUUCACCAGGAUGAACUGGGCCGGAUGUCUGAAGACUUGGAAGAUGAACUGGGAGCUCGGACCAGUAUGGACAAGAAACUAGCAGAACUCCGAUCUGAGAUGGAGAGGCUGCAGGUGGAGAACGCUGCAGAGUGGGGUCGCCGGGAGCGUCUGGAGACGGAGAAACUGGCCCUGGAGAGGGACAACAAGAAACUACGGGCCCAGGCGGAAGACCUGGAGGAACAGUUAACAAAGAAACGGAGGCAGGCGGCCUCCGCUCUCGACACAGAUCUCAAGGCCAUCCAGACUGAGCUGUUUGAGAGAAAUAAGGAUCUGGCUGAUCUCCGCCACGUUCACGCCAAGUUAAAGAAGCAGUACCAGGAGAAGAUUGCAGAGCUGGCUCACGCCAACCGGAGGGUGGAGAGCCACGAAACAGAGGUGAAGAAGCUUCGGCUGAGGGUGGAGGAGCUGAAGAAAGAGCUGGGACAGGCCGAGGACGAGUUGGAUGAGUCUCAUAACCAGACCAGGAAGCUGCAGAGGUCUCUGGAUGAGCAGGUGGAGCAGACGGAGAAUCUGCAGGUCCAGCUGGAACACUUACAGUCCAGACUGCGGCGGCAGCAGCACAGUCCUGGUUUCUUCGGGAAGAUGCGAACCGCUCGGUUCAACCCUGAGAGUUCGGAGGGUCCGAACAGCGACAUGGACGAGGAGGAGGAGGAGCUGCAGCUGCAGAUCCCAUGACACGUGCACACCCUUCAACAACCACAUUUCAGAUAAACGCACCAUUCGCAUCAAAAAUGUGAACAAUGUUGCUCUUGAGAGACAGUUUUCAGUCACCAGAUAUUCUAAUGUUUUCCUGGCGACAAUACUUUCCUAAUCAGCGAGCGACACAUGCCAGAGACUGAGAACAAACAAUUAGCAUCACAUUUAUAAUUCUUGCAACGUUGUCAAGACACAAAAUAAUGCUGGUCAUAUCAUCAACCACUUAAGCAACAAAGUAGAAAGGAAGCUUUGUCAAAUAAAAGCUCAAGCAUGUAUCUUCUUAUAGGAGACUUAAAGUUUUGUAUACAGUCAUCCUGACCCCAGAGGCUGGUUCAGAUUAAUCCCUGUCACGGUCAUUCUAAAACGCUUUGAAGGAGGGCAGAUUUUUUUUGGUUCUUGACAUAGACUGUUUAAAAAGAACUCAACAAACCCUCUGUGAUAUCAGCCGUAGGCUCAAAGACAUUUCUUUGUAUUAUUUCUCUGGGCGACACCAUAUUAGCAGGAAAUAAGUUUAAACAUCCCCACCUACCUAAUGUCUGAAUUGAACACUAACCUUUUCACUUAUUUUCUCGUUCGUUGUUCUUCUUAUUCCCCGCUCUUCUUAUUUCUUCCUUUUCACUUACGUCUUCGUCUUCUACUUCUCCUCUCACGUAAAAAACACCGGUGCAUCAGCAAAAAUAGUCCCCAGUAAUUCAUUCCA